CACGUACUGUCAUAUGACGUAUGACGCAUUGUUAAAAGGGGAAUCAAAUUGGAAACAAUAUUAUAUUAGUGAUUAGGCGUUACCUUAUUUUCUAUGCGAUAAUUACCCCAAGCAAAUUGUAUAUACGCAUAAAAUAGUGUUUAAUUCGUCAAAAGUAGUCAGGAAAUAGUGCAGCAAUGGCGGUACCACCAAUCUACAAUCCGGAGAUCCCGUGCGUGCACCCCAUCCCCGGGGGCAUGUACCCCGGCCGUAUGAUCCGCUUCCAGGGCAGCAUCCCUCCAGGAGCUCAAAGGUUCGCAAUCAACCUGCAAUGCGGCCCCAACACGGACCCGCGCGACGACAUCGCCCUGCAUCUCAACUUCCGCUUCGUGGAGCGGUGCAUCGUGAGGAACCACCUGUCCGCCAUGAGCUGGGGGGUCGAGGAGACGAGCGGGGGGCUGCCGCUGAACCGCGGGGAGCAGUUCGAGGCGCUGGUGCUGUGCGAGCCGCAGACCCUGAAGGUGGCAGUGAACGGGCAGCACUUCUGCGAGUUCCCGCACCGGCUGCCCUACCAGCGCAUCUCGUACUUCACCAUCGACGGUGACGUCAUGGUUCAGUUCGUAGGCUUCGAGGGCGCGCAGCCGCCACCCACGCAGAUGUACAUGUCGGAAGCCCCCGCCUACGCCGCAUACGGAGCCCCGCCGUCGUACGGAGCGCCCGGCUAUGGACCUCCACAAGGCUACGCAGGAGCGGCCGCGGGCGCGGCCUACGGCGCUCAGCCCGCCUCGCGGCGCGGCCUGGGCACGGGCGCGGCGGUGGGGCUGGGGGUCGGCGCGCUCGCCGCCGGCGGCCUGGCGGGGUACGCACUCGGCGGCGGCUUUAGCAGCGACAGCCCUACGGAAGAGGUGCGCAUAGUGGAUAGCGCAGACUUCGGCGGCGACGAUUGGAUGGACUGAAUGCGCCUUAACUCAUCACACACAUUAACUUUAUAUUUAUAUGUUGUCUUUAUAGAAAAUAUAUUGCAAAUUAUAUAUAAAUCAAUUUAUAAGAACACUGCGUGAUUAAUGUACUUUAUUUUUAAUAUUGUUUUAAGUCAUUGAUGUAUAUGUUGACAAAAUAAACGGCUAGGAACUAAAAACAUAGUUCCAAGUGGAGCUAUUUACUUAUACAUAGAAGAAAAUAUAUGUGAAGAAGUGUUUUAUGCAAUGGGUAAAAUACAAUUGAAUGUAAACUUUUUUAUUAAUGUAAUUUUUUAUUUAUGGUUAUUAUUAACCUUAAAUAAAAAAUUGCUCAGACCAAUUAUUGGUCCUGCCUCGCUAGACGUUACUUUUCUGUCAAAGUAUAUGAUCAACGAUCUAAUGCGAUUAUAAAAACUGUCUCUAUAGAAUCGAUGUUAAAUAGUUGUAAUCAUGUUCGUCGGUUAAAGAGCUCCGUAAAAAUACCUUUUUGUAUAAUUGAAUUGUGUAAAAAACCGGCAGAAACUUCUAGUUUAGUAUAAGACAUAUACAAAAUCUAAGCUCGUUUUCCUCAGAAAAUGACAGAAAAUUUUGUCCGUGACUAUGAGUGCGAUACAGGUCCUUCUAUAAUUGGUCUGAGAAAAAAUUGUGACGAAAUAAGGACGAAAUACACAGAGAUAUCGACGUCAAAAUUUGCUUCGGAGUUAAAAACGAGAGAUGAUUUGCUUUAGAUUAUUUAUCUUUUUUCCGAACCAUGGCUAGGCUAUUGUUUUUCAGUCAGGUUCUAAAAUAUGUUAAAUUGUAAAAUAUUUAAAUUCUUAAUGUCGCCAUAUUGGGCCUUUAAAAAAGCUUUAUGCGAAAUAUCUGAAAAGAAAAACAUAAAAAGUUUAUAAUAUUUAUAAUACUGUGUAGGUAGCAAAAUGAUUUAUAAUUGUAACUGACUCGAAAAUAAGUGAAAGUUCUCGAUUUAGUGAAAAUAUAUAAAUAUAUAAUUUUUGGAGUUUAUUGGAGUUUACUUCUUAAUAAUCGAUUUUUCAUAUAAGUAUACCCCCCAGUAAAAAAUAUGGACAGUAAAAUUCGAUGAAAGAAUGACAGCGUUACGUUUUUUGUGCGCAACCUAUUCUGCGCACCUUUCACCGUGCACUGCUGCCAACGGCAUGCACACCGCGGCCCGCUGCACCUCGGUUGCGCACCUUUCACUUUUCAGGCGUAGGUAUUGAGACGUACAUAGUGUAUACUGCAUAACAUUAUUUAGUCAGUCGAUCUGAAAGAGUAAACUCCAUUCGUGCGUCCACACUUUUUUUUUAAUAUUUUUUUUUUAAAUUGAUUGAUUUUGCUAUUCAUCACAAAAAUAUAAUAAAGUUGUAACUGUUCCAAGUAAGACUGAUUCUAUCUUAGAUACUAUGUAUCGUCACUUAUCAUCAGUGUGCCUAGUUUGAGUUUUUAAUAUUUUCAUACUGUUACUGUCACGUAACGUAAACGCAAAAUGUAUAUGGAAUUAAACAGUUGUGCAGUAGUGCCACUAGAUGGCGCUGUUUCAAUUCCUUAGAAAUUCGCGUUUACUUUACGUGACAGUAACAGUAUGAAACUGCCACUAGGCCCUCAGGUGAGAUAGCAGUCAAGGGCUAACCUUGUUAUUCAAAAACUAACAACAAACAAAAAAAAAAUUUCAUCAGAAUAUGAAAAUAGUACAGCCCUUUGCGAAGGGUAGCAAAAUAAAUCAAUAAUAAUUAUUAUCCAUUGCCUGUACCUACUAUAUCCUUAAACACAUACAAUAAUUUUCUGGGCCUUGCUUUGGGCCCUUAACGUAAACACGGCACUGAAUCUUAUUACUGCAUCAUCAUUCACAAUCUUUUAAAACUCACAUUCACGGACUUAACAUUUAGCUAGAUGCCGUUUGGUUAUUCACUUACAGCCUUACCACAUAACUAAACCAUGUGCGAAGUGAGAGGAUCAAAAAAGAAAUCUUAAGCGUCACACAUAUGUUUCCUGUAGCGUCACGAAGUAUUCAAUGGCUCGAGAGAAAUACUCACUAAAAACAUUUUUCUGAACUUAAUUAUUUAACAUUUAAAAUUUAAAAUUGAAAUUCAAAUCAAAAUUUAAAUCAAACUUAUAAUGUACAAAUUGAAAUUGACAUGUUUAAAAAUUAAUACUAAAUUUAUUAUGUAUAAUGUUUUGCAAUUACUUUUAUAUUAUUGGAAAUAAAGGCUUUAUUUAUUUUAUUUAUUUUAUUUAUUUUAUUUUAUUUAAUUAUUUAAAGAAUAAAAGUGCUUAACAAUCAAUUCAUCAAUUAAAUAAAAUAUUACAGUAAUCCACUAAGAAAAUCGAAAAAUUAGCACGAAAUUACUAAAAAAAACUAAAGAAAUAAAGCUUAAUAAAUAAAGUUUUAGCCGUGUUUCAUAAUCAUUUAAUAUGAACUCUCACUUUAAAUUCUAAAAUUAAGAAAUAAACUCGAUUUAUGAUAUUGAAUAGAAGCAAGCAUUUACUUUGCGAAAGUUUAUCGUGGCUUUUCGCGGAGGAUAGCAAAAUAAUAAAUAAAUCAUUAUAUAAUCGAUUUAUGAUAGUUCUUAAAGCAUUGAUUUCACUUUUAUAGAUUUUAACAUCGAUUUAUAAACUAAAAUAAGUCAUAUUACAGAAGAAGCGCAGAAAAUAAGUGCAGCGCACAAAUGUUAACAAUUUUUAUGCGGUGUCUAGCUAAAUAUUGGUUCGUGGUCACGAUAAAUUAUAACACACGGAUUUUAUGUAAUUCAUAACAUGACUUUAAUUUUAGAUAUUAUAAAUAUUUUAAUGUUAAACCAUAUAAGAUUGCUUUGGGAAAUAUAAGAAAUGUUGAUU